GGGGGGAGAGCGAAGCGAGAGAGGGGAGAGCGAAGCAGGAGAGAGUGUGGGAGAGUGAAGGGAGAGUGAAGGGAGAGCGUGACAGGCGAGAGAAAGGGGAGAGGCCGUGAGUGCAAAGCGGCGUGUCCCGUCUGUCUCUUGUGUGUCUCUCUCUCUCUCGAGAGAGAGAGAGGAGUCGGGAGACACCGUGAGGAGGAGGAGAGAGGCGUCUACACGAGGAAGAGGAGAGAGACACGAGGAGGAGACAGACACGAGGAGGAGAGAGACACGGGGAAGAGGAGAGAGACACGAGGAGAAGACAGACACGAGGAAUAGAGACACGUGGAGGAGGAGGAGGAGAGAGACACGUGGUGGAGGAGGAGACAGACACGAGGAGGUGAAGGAGGAGAGAGACACGUGGAGGAGAGAGACACGUGGUGGAGGAGGAGAGAGACACGUUGUGGAGGAGACAGACGAGGAGGUGAAGGAGGAGAGAGACACGUGGAGGAGGAGGAGAGAGACACGUGGAGGAGACAGACACGAGGAGGAGAGACACGAGGAGGAGGAGAGACGAGGAGGAGGAGAGAGACACGAGGAGGAGGAGAGAGACACGACGAGGAGGAGAAACACGUGGAGGAGGAGGAAGAGGAGAGAGACACGUGGAGGAGGAGGAGGAAGAGGAGAGAGACACGUGCAGAGAGACACGAGGAGUCAAGAACACGUGGUGGUGGUGGAUGAGGAAGAGAGAGCGAGACACGCGGAGUAGAGAGACACGUGGAGUAGAAACACGAGGAAGAAGAGGUGAGAGGCACGGGGCAGGGAGAUAGGUGGACGAGAAGGAAGGGGAGCGGACAGACACGAGGAUGAGGUGGUGGUGGUAGGGGGGAGAGACACCAGACACCCAAGAGAAGACACCAUACAGAUACCCAGUCCGGCUGCUCAUCGCUCAGAGCUGCCGGACAAGCGAAAAGGGCGACAGAGGAAGAGGAGGUUGUUACAGGGAGGGGUGGGUGGGUUGCGUUGCUUGGCGAGCAGGAGGAUGAUGGCAACACCUCUGGGAUAGCCAGAGGAAGAGCAGCAGAAUGAGGCGGGGUGACAUAAUAAUGAUGAUGGUGGUGAUGAUGGAGCCUCCACUCGCCCUCCUGCUCUCUUGAAUCCGUAAGCGUAACGUCGACCACCACCACCACCACCAUCAAUCCACCACUAAUCCACCACCACCAAUCCAAAACCACCACCAAUCCACCAUCACCACCAAUCCACCACCACCACCAAUCCACCACCACCAAUCCACCACCACCAAUCCAAAACCACCACCAAUCCACCACCACCACCAAUCCACCACCACCAAACCACCACCACCACCAAUCCACCUCCACCACCAAUCCACCACCAUCACCACCAAUCCACCACCACUAAUCCACCACCACCAUCACCACCAAUCCACCACCACCAAUCCACCACCAUCACCACCAAUCCACCACCACCAAUAUCACCACCAAUCCACCACCAAUAUCACCACCAAUCCACCACCACUUCUCCUCCUCUUGAAAGGAGGAGACGCCAAACGGACAGCGACAAGCGGCACCGUUUGAAUACAACAAUUUCAGGGGAAUCGCCUGAAGAUCGUUCGGUCUGUUUAGAAGAAGAGGAGGAGGAAGAGGAGGAGGAAGAGGAAAAAGAAGAGGAAGCGGAGGAGAUUGUUGGGGGGGGCGGAAGAGGAGAGGUGGUGGAUUUUUUUUUAAUGAAGCGAAGCUGAUUGAUUCAAAGGAUAUCUCCCGGAUACGACAGACACACAGAGAGAGACAGAAGAAGAACGUUGAAUUCUACCCCAAGGAGGGUGUUGUGUCUGUGUGUGUGAGUGUGAAGACUCGGCUGGCAGGGCAGGGAGCCGGGGGGGGGGGGGUGCGUGCGGUGCGUGCGGUGCGGGCGAGGGGAGCCGGCCUCGGGUAGAGAUUCUAGGCAAGAGCGUAGGCUCCGCGAGCGGCCUAGUUACCGUCCCACCGAAAAGCCCCACGAAUGUCGCGGGCUCGCUCUCCUGACAACUCCGAAGCGUCGAUGCGAUUUGUAAUCACUUAAUUUAUACACUUUAUAUACACACACACUUUAUAUAUAUACACAUACGCACGUAACAUUGUCGGUGGCACUUCUGGACAUCGCCACCAAUUUGGUUGCAGACGUCAAGUUGGGUGACCUCCCUCCUCCCAGCACCACUCGACUCGCUAUGAAUUUAAGUGAAUGACAAAUGUUCACUUUUGUUAUUAUUCGGUGAUUUAAACGACGAACAAACACUUCAUUUUUUUUAAUUAAAAAAAAUUGAGUGGGGAGGGGGUUGUAAUUUAAACGAUUACGAUUAAUUUAACGCGUGUUUAUUUUGUAAUGUUUUAAAAAAUUAUGAUUAUUUAAUGGCUAAUUCACUUUUGUUACGUUAUUUAAAGGGUAAUUGAAAUCUUAAUUGAUUCACUUUUUUAUAUUAUUAUUAACUCUAUUAUAUUAUCUUAACUCGGGGUGCUCGGUGUUUGCUUAAUCGGUGCUAUAUGCAGGUGCUACUGGGAUACUUGUGGGUAGUGGUGACCGUGUCGUGAUGGUGGUGUGGUGGUGGUGAUGAUGUCCGUGGGAGAUGUCAGGCAUCGUCGGUGAGGUGCAAUUGGUGAGCAGCGGUGCAAGGAGUUAGUGGCGGGGAGGCGGAGCGAGGUGAUCGGUGAGUGCAGUUUGGCGUAACGGGAGACCGGUGGAAUACCGCAAGGGAUUUGUGCGAGAAUCUGAAUUCGCGUCGGUGAGCACUCGGUGCGAGCCAUCGGUGAGCGGUCGGUGCGAGCGUUCGAGGUGAGCGGGUGCGAGGGGUCGGGGUGAGCGGCCGGGGCGAGCGGCCGGGGCGACCGGUCGGGGCGAGCGGUCGGGGCGAGCGGUCGGGGCAAGCAGUCGGGGCGAGCGGCCGGGGCGAGCGAUCGGGGCGAGCGGUCGGGGUGAGCGGUCGGGACUAGCGGUCGGUGCGAGCGCUCGGUGAGCAUGUGUCAGCGAUCGAUGUGUUGGCGUGAGCGGUGAGCGUGUGUGAGCGAUCAGUGAGCGAUCGGUGCGAGGCAUCGGUGAUCGGACGCGAGCGAUUAGUGUUCGCGAUCGGUGUGCGUGUGAGCGUGUGUGGAGCGGUGAGCGCCUGUGAAGCAGUCUGCGCAAGCGACUGGAGUGAGCACAAAGCGGCGUCGUCACAUCCGCGCCGACAUUAGUCGACGUCAGCGAGUGCUCCGCACGAGGAGUUCGGCGGGCUCGGUGGGACUACACCGCAGCAGUCCUGGGAAGACUAUUUUUUUAAGCUGACGGAAUGCGGAGGAGAUCUCCGCGUAAGAAGCUGCUCACUAAUCGCGGGGAAACAGCAAGCACCUAGGCGGCGCCGACGGUCGCUUGUUGAUCGGGAGACGGCCAGCUCUGGACGUGAGAAACGGCCCAAGCCCGCCGUGCCAGCAUCAGAGGAGCGGGAAUUGCCUGAGGACCAGGGUGGAGAGGCUACUACAAGUGGGGACGCGGCAACCGUGUCGGGAGUCAGAAGACGAGAGUAGGGGACUUCGUGUCAGAAUUAGGAGUCGAGGGGCUAGAGUAGGAAGUCCGUUUCAGAGUUAGGAGUCUAGGGGCUAGAGUAGGGGAGUCCGUGUUGGAGUUCGGAGUAGGAAAUCCGUGUCGUAGUUAGGAGUCUAGAGACUAGAGUAGGAAGUUGCUGUCAAGGUUAGAACUUGGGAGUUUCGUUUAAGCAUAAGGGAGUCCGUACCAGUGUUCAGAGUCUUUGGACCUAGCGUAGGGGAGUCAUCGUAGGUGUACUGGGUAGAGCGUAGGGAUAGCGCGGGAGUCGACAUCAAGAGCGGGUGGCGCUUCGGGGGGGAAAAGACAACGGGACGUCCGAUGCCUCAGGCUGGGGAUGAGGCCUAGCUGUCCGGGGCCGCGGGAGGCCUGCCAUCUCGCCUAGGAGGCCCGGCUGGCGAAUGGAUGCGACCGCUCAAGGGCAGGCGUGGCAGGUUCAUUUCCCGGUUCCCAAUGAAGAUGUCGAGGCCUCCAGCCUUGAGAAGGCCUGGCAACAUCAGCUCCAUCAGCAGCAGCAUCAGCAGCUGCUCACCCAUCAACAUCAUCAGCAGCACCAGCAGCAGCAUCAUCAUCAUCAGCAAUGGCCGUGGAACCCAGAUAAUCUCCACAGCCUUCAAUCCAGCCAGCACUCCUUCUGGAACAUGAGUCCCACCUCGCAAAGAUUCCAAAGCGACAUCAGCCACGAGCAGGUGAUGGUCAUCGAGGCUCUGACGAAGCUAUCGCAGAGCCACCCACCGGGGGGUUCCCUGGCCCCCCACGUGUCCCCCCACGUGGCCCCCCUAGCCCUGGGCCCCCACCACGCCGCCCUGGGUCCAACGCAAAUCCCCGGGCCCACCGCCGCCGCCGCCGCCCCACAGCUCUCCGCCCGGGACUCCAUCACCGACUCGGCGGUCCUUGAUCUGCUAAACUUUGCCUCCGUGAGUCGUGGGCAGGCGGUGAUGACCCCUCACCAGCAGCAGCAGCAUCAUCAGCAUUAUCAUCAUCAGCAGCAGCAUCAUCAUCAUCUUCAGCAGCAGCAGCAGCAGCAGCAGCAGCAAGAGGGGCCAUUAAAAAGUGGAGCAUUUUCAGCGGUUAGGUUCUUCGAGGAGUUGGAGUCUCAGUCAGCUAUAGGGUCUAAUCAUCAUCAGCAGCAGCAGAUUCAUCAUCAUCAUCAGCAGCAGCAACAUCAUCAGCAGCAGCAGCAGCUUCAGUUUCAGCAUCAGCUUCAACAACACCAGCAUCACCAGCAGCAGCAGCAACAGUUGCAGCUGCCAUUUUCCUCAGGAAAGGCCUUGAACUUGCUACAGUCCUCAGGCAAAUAUCAGCAGCAGCAACAGCAGCAACAGCAGCAGCACCUCAACAACAGCCACCACCACGACCACAGCAGCAGCAGCAACAACCACCUGAACAACCAUUACCAACCACAUCACCAGCAUCUCAACAGCGUCAUCGCCCAGCAUCAUCAUCAACAGCACCAUCUGCAACAGCAUCAGCAGCAGAAUCAGGGGUUAAAACCGGCCACUGACAACGCUGAGGCCUCCUCGACCACAGAGGAGGAGGUGAAGAAGAAGAAGAAGCAGAAGGGGCGGGAGAAAGCAAAGCAAGAUGGCGGCCGGAUACAAGAUGGUGGCAGAUUACAAGAUGGCGGCAGAUUACAAGACGGCGGAGGAUUACAAGAUGGAGAUGGACUAGGAGAUGGCGGCCGGUUGCAAGAUGGUGGCAGACUACAAGAUGGUGGAAGAUUACAAGAUGGUGGUGGAGGAUUACAAGAUGGCGGAAGGUUGCAAGAUGGUGGAUUACGACACGGUAGAGACUUACGAGCUGAUGAAGGAUUACAAGAUGGCGGCGGCAGCGGUCGGGGAUUACAAGAUGGCGCCGGAUUACAAGAUGGGGGAGGAGGGGGAGUUUUGGUUCGAUUGAAACCCGCCGAUCGGAGCCCCCACUCCGAACUCCUGCGCAUCCUCGGGGUCUCCCCGGCUCCUCCCUCUGUGCCUCCUCCUCUGCCCUCCUCCUCCUCCGCAGCCUCCACCGCUUCGGCAGGGGGUUGCCCCCCGUCGUCUGUGGCAAUGGUGGCCACCACCCCCCACCACCUCCACCACCCACACCACCACUCCCACCACCUCCCCCACCACCACCCGGCGCAGGCCUACAGGCUCGGCCUAGCCAAGGGGGGCGGCCGAGCGCGCUUGGACGUGUCGGGCUCCGUGGCUGUCCUCCGCUCCACCGUGGAUGUCGGUGGCAGUGCUGGUGGUGGGGAGGGGGAGGGAGGGGCCACCAACGAGGGAGGGGGCCCCCGGCAGCCUCCAGCGGCGGCCCCGUCCCUGGACACCUUUUUGGCCUCCCCCGGGCGUUUCCUGACCGAAGCGGUGAGGCGAGUGCUGCACCCCGGGGAGACUACCGCCCCCCCCACAGCCGCCCACCCCACGGCCCCCUCCCUGGACGGAGAGGCCCCCGCGGAGAACCCCCUGGUGGGCGCCGCGGCCGGGACGGAGGAGGGGGGGGAAGACUCCGCCAACGCUGGGGAGCCACCCAGAGCGAGGUCCCCGCUACUGCCUCCGAUCAGCGAGUUCCCCACGUGCACGUGUGUGGAGACUGUGCUUGAGAAGGAGGAAGGCCCCUACUACACUCACCUGUGCGCCGGGCCCAGUGUGGCUGCCAUCAGGGAAACCAUGGAGGAGAGGUUCGGGGAAAAGGGCGAGGCGAUCCGGAUCGAGAAGGUGAUCUUCACGGGCAAGGAGGGCCGCAGCUCGCAGGGAUGCCCCAUCGCCAAGUGGGUGCUGCGCCGUGGCGGGCUGCAGGAGAAGCUGCUGGUAGUGGUGCGGGAGCGCCGUGGCCACAGCUGUGCCCAGGCUGUGAUGGUGGUGGUGAUGGUGGCGUGGGAGGGCGUCCCCUCGGAGCUCGCCGACCUCCUGUACAGCGAGCUGUCGGAGACGCUCACACGCCACGGAGCGCCCACCAGCCGCAGAUGUGAACUAAACGACGACCGCACGUGUGCAUGCCAGGGCCGGAGGGAGGAGACGCGGGGAGCCUCCUUCUCGUUCGGCUGCUCAUGGAGUAUGUACUUCAAUGGCUGCAAGUUCGCUCGCAGCCGCCAGGCCCGCAAGUUCCGCCUCCUGGGGGACAACGCGGACGCGGAGUUGGUACUGGAGUCCAGGCUUCAGGCCCUGGCCACUCAGAUUGCUCCGGUGUACAAGAAACUGGCCCCUCAAGCCUACAGCAACCAGGUGGAGCACGAGGUUGAGGCCGGUGAAUGCCGGCUAGGUGAGGGUGAGGGUCGACCUUUUGCCGGGGUCACCGCCUGCAUGGACUUCUGCGCCCAUGCCCACAAGGACCAGCACAACAUGAACAACGGGUGCACAGUGGUGUGUACACUGACGCGCGAACAAAACCGCGUGCGCGUUGGCGACAUCCCGGAGGACGAGCAGCUGCACGUGCUGCCCCUGUACACGCUGUCACCCACCGACGAGUACGGUGAUGAGGUCAGCCAGAGGCGCAAGGUGGAGAGCGGAGCCAUCCAGGUGCUGAAGUCGUUCCGGAGGGAGGUCCGCCGCCUCCCAGCCCCGGAGAAGUCGGCGCGGAGGCGGCGGCUCGACGCCAAGAGGGCCAAGUUGGACGCCCUCGCCGCCAUGACACCCACGACCCCGGGGACCCCCGCGACCCCCAUGACCCCCAUGACCCCCAUGACUCCGAUGACCCCCAUGACCCCCAUGACUCCCAUGACUCCCAUGACCCCGGGCACUCCGAUGACCCCUCUGGGGGCACGAUCUCUGACCCCGGCCAUGACCCCGCCUCUGUGGAAAGUGAAGAGGACGAGGAGGAGGAGGGGCGGAGGAGCCGCCAUUCCUCCAAGGACGCAGUCUCUGCCCUCUCCUCUCAUCCCACCGUUGUCAUUCCUCUACCAGCAUCAACAUCAGCAGUAUCAUCAGCAACCCCUAAACGCACACUACCCUCCACAACACCUACUACAGGCAAACGCAUAUAGCCCAGGGCUUCUUUAUCACCAUCAGCAGCAUCAUCAUCAGCAACAGCAGCAGCAACAGCAGCAGUGCUUGCGGCCCAAUGGAGCUCUGUAUGAUUACACAGCAGUAGCAUCAGCAGGUGAUGUAGGCCAGUCCCAGCAGCAUCAUCAUCAACUGCAGCAACAGCACCAGCAUGAAACAGGAAUAUGUGAAAAACAAGAUGGUCGUUACCAGCAACAUCAUCAGCAGCAGGAAGACCAAAGCCAACACUGUUUAAACAGCAGCAUCAGCAACAGCAGCCAAAAUCAUGAUCAGCAGCAAAGAAUUGCAUUGCCUGAAAAACAAGAUGGCUACCAACAACAGCAUCGUCUUCAGCAACAACAGCAGCAGAAUCAGCAACAACAACAGCAGAAUCAGCAACAACAACAACAGCAGCAGAAUCAGCAACAACAACAGCAGAAUCAGCAGCAGCAGAAUCAGCAGCAGCAGAAUGAGCAGCAGGAAGACCAAAGCCAGCACAGUUUAAACAAUAACAGCAGACAAAAUCAUCAUCAGCAGCAGCAGCAAGGAAUUCCAUUGGCUGAAAAACGAGAUGGCUGCCAACCACAGCAUCAUCAGCAGCAGAAUCAGCAGCAGCAGAGUCAGCAGCAGAAUCAUCAUCAGCAGCAGAAUCAGCAGCAGCAGAGUCAGCAGCAGCAGAAUCCGCAGCAGAGUCAGCAGCAGCAGAGUCAGCAGCAGCAGAAUCAGCAGCAGCAGCAGAAUCAGCAGCAGCAGCAGAAUCAGCAGCAGCAGCAGAAUCAGCAGCAGCAGAAUCAGCAGCAGCAGAACCAGCAGCAGGAAGACCAAAGCCGGUACACUUUGAACAGUAGCAUCAGCAGCAGCCAAAAUCAUCAUCAGCAUCAGCAUCAUCAUCAACAGCAGCAAGGAAUUGCAUUGGCUGAAAAACAAGAUGGCUGUCAACCACAGCAGCAUCAUCAGCAGCAGAAUCAGCAACAGGAAGACCAAAGCCGGUACAGUUUAAACAGCAGCAUCAGCAGCAGCAUCAGCAGCAGCAUCAGCAGCAGCAUCAGCAGCAGCAUCAGCCAAAAUCAUCAUCAGCAGGCCUUCCAAAACCACCAAUACAACAGCAACAGUGACAGCAGCACCCACCAUGUUUCCCUCAACAGCCACCACCACCUCCACCAUCUCCUCCAAAAGCCUCAUCAACAUCAUAUUCAGCAGCAGCAGCAGCAUCAGCAGGCAUCGUCAUCAACAUCGGUGGCAUUGGAAAGGACCGACAUCCAAUCGGAGCGUGCCCUGCUGGGCAUAGGCUCAGCCUCCAGGGACAUGGUUGCCACGGGACGGAGGGCGGGGCCAAUAGGUGGGGCCAGGAUUAAGGCGGAGCCGCUCGAUUGGUGGACGGGGGGUCCUACGAUGGGCGGGGCCUACUACCGGGCGGAGGAGGCGGCGUCGUUAUCGUCAUUGUCAUCGUCGUGGCAACGGCCCGUGGACCAAUCGAAAGGCAGCAGCAGUGAGGCCAUCGGGGCCCGGGCCAAUGGAGGCGUUGGAUUGGCCGGAACGUCCAAGGAGGAGGAGUUGACGGAGUCGGUGACGGUGAAGAUGGAGCCGCGGGAUUGCGUUGAUGAAGAUGGGCACACCCAGCAUCGUCAGAAUCAUCAUCAGCAGAACCAGCAUCAGCAGAAUCAGCAGCAGCAGCAGUACCAGCAUCAGCAGAACCAGCAUCACCAAACUAAGGUUGUGAAUGGGUUGAAAGAAGAUGGUGGUAGUGAUGGUGGUGGUUGGCAAGGUCUGCUGAUGAAUCAUCAGCAGCAUUGUCACCAGCACGUUAUGAAGAGUGAAGUUAAGAUGGAGGGUGACUUGGGGCAUCGGCAGCAGCAUCAGCAUGAAGGGCAACGUAGUGAUCACCAUGAACAUCAGCAGCAGCAGCAGAAACUGUUGGAUCAACAACAGCAGGCUCAGCAGCAGCAGCUGAGUGAACAUCAACAUCAUCAGCAGCAGCACCCACAUCAGCACAGUCAUCCGCAGCUGGAAAGGAAGCAACUGGAAUCUAUGCAAGAACAUCAUCAGCAGCAGCAGUAUCAGCAACAUCAGCAGCAUCAUCAUCAUCAGCAGCAGCAAAGCCAGCUCGAAUCUAUGCACCAGAACCAACAUCAGCGGAAUGAGCAGCAGCAGCAUCAGCAGCAGAACUCACAUCAUGAUAACAACCAGCAGCAUCAUCAUCAGCAGCAGCAUCAUCAGCAGCAGCAGGAUCACUUUCAUCAGCAGCAUCAGACUGCUGCCACCUCCUUCUCCUCCUCCGUGGCCAUGAAGGAGGUGACGAGAGAGAAGAUUGAGAAGAUUGAGAAGGUUGAGAAGGAGGAGAUGGAGCAGCAGGCGACAUUCGAGCAGGAGCAGCAAGAGCAGGAUGAGGAGUAUUCGGACAGCGAGCACAACUUCCUGGACUCGAGCAUCGGCGGUGUGGCGGUGGCUCCGGCGCAUGGCUCGGUGCUUAUCGAGUGUGCCAAGCGCGAGCUGCAUGCCACCACGCCGCUGGCGCACCCCGACCGUGCACAACCCACACGCAUCGCCCUCGUCUUCUACCAGCACAAGAACCUGACGCGCGCCCGCCACGGACACGCACUCUGGGAGGCCAGGGUGGCCGCACGGGAGAGAGAGAAGGAGCUCCUCCGCCAGCAGCAGGCCCAGCAACAGCUUCUGGGGCUGGACUCCCCUUCGUCCCCUACGCCGGAGAAGCAGCGGCCGCCGCUCUCCCCGGCCGCCAUCCCAGCCAAGCGUGGACGGAGGCCCCGGCGCCCGGACGAUCCCCCUGCCGCCAAGGGCAGGCCCAGGCUGCGGCCUGGCCUCAAGCAAGAGUGGGCGCCACCGCUGUCGUCAUCGCCAUCGGCUCUCCUGGGGGUAGGGGGCGCUGCCGACCUCCACUUCUUUGCGGGCGGCGGCAGCGACGGAGGGGCGACAUCCGGUGGAGAUGGCGGGGAGGAGAUUGGCGGAGCUCGGGGGCCCGCUGAGGGGGCAACGGCAGCGACGGGGGUGGCCCCCGCGUCAUCGUCGUUCCCUCUCCUGCCGCCGGGUCCCCCGACGCGGGGGGCCCCCGGCACCACGGCCACUCCGCCCACGUUCCUCACCACGUGUGUGCGGCCGCGCAUGCAGAUGAGCGGCAACUACGGUGAAUUCCUUUGAAGCGGUGGUGUGGGGCGGUGGUGUGGGGUGGGAUGGGAGAGGUGAGUGGCGGAGAUGUGGCCGACUCUGUGGCCGUGGUGGUGGUGGUGGUUGUGGUUGCUUUGGCGGUAGAAGCAGAGCAGCAGCAGCUUCAUCUUUCACAGUGGGGGCUGGUCACGGCCCACGGAAGCCACAAUGGCGAGAGGUAUACUUGGACGUGGUGUGCCAGGGGGUUUGCACGCUGGCCGACAGACCCCACCCCACCCCCUGCCCUUCCCCCCCACUUUCCAGAGCCCCUUCCCCUGGAAGAGACUCCACCCCCACCCACCACGGAGUAACAGCAAUAAAAAACUAAAUCGGUGCGAGCUUCGACUUCAUCAUGAGUAUCGUCAUAAUCGGCAGCGGCAGCCAUCAUCGUCGUCAUCAACAGCUACAGGAGAAUAUACCGACACCAGUAGCUGCAUCAGCAGCAGCAAGCAGCAUCAGCGGCAUCAGUGGCGAUCAUUUUCAAUGGAAGCAGCAGCAGCAGCAGUGCCAACCCUCACUCUCACGGCGCUGAGCCGGUCACCUCCCAAAUGGGGCUCUCUCCCCUCCCAUCUCCCCCCCCCCACUUCCUCCGCCCACUGCACGUCACAGACUCUGGGGAUGGACUCUCAGGGAGCAGCCCCGAUGACGGUGGUGGUGGUGGUGAGUGGGUGAGUGAGUGAGGUGCGGGGGAUGGCUAUAGCCUAGCGGAGUCGUGAUGGGAGAGGCUGAGGUGAAUUAUUGGUGCUACAAGAGCCGAGCGGUUACGAUUACCAAGCCAUCGUUACUUCACUGGUGCUACCAUCUGUUUUUGUUUUUAUACUGGGCCGAAUGCGUUCGAGGGGAGACCUUUUUACAAUUAAUCUGCAGCGGUGGCGGGGGGUGGGCGGUGGUUUGGGGGGGGCAGCAGGGGGAGAGCUGUCGGAGGUUCGGAGUUGGCGGGAGUUGGUUGGCACCUUUUGCAAAAAAAACUUUUCGGUGCUGGAUUUUCUACCUGAUCUCCACCUCCUCCACCUCGUCCUCCAUCUCCUCCAUUGCCUCCAUCUCUCUCCACCAGUGUUCCGUUCCACCUGCCCACUCUCCCAUCCGGUGUCUCCUUCAGCUCCUGUUUCCCCUCCCCAACCCCUCCUUGCUCCUCCUCCCUCUCUUCCGUCCACUGGCUUGCAAGAUUCAACUCGCGAAUACCUCAAAUUGUGAUGAUGGUGAAUGGCGGUGGUGGUGACGGUGAUGGUGGUUUUAACGAAAUGCUGGGGGAGAAACGAACCAGCGAUUCUCCAAGGACAAGAGGGGACUCUGAAUGAGACGAGAGAUAUCGAGUUGACAUGAAUGAUGGAAAGUUGUUUUUGUUGUUUUGUGUGGUUGGCGAGUUGUGUGGAAAUUGGUCCACGCAGUUGCACUCGCAGAGGGAAGUGACAACGAGCAAACAGGAAAGGGGCACGGAGAUACGACGCAAAGUUGGAGUCUCGCACACACUGGCACGCACUGGCACACAGAGACUCACACACAGACACACAGAUGCAGACUCACUCAUACACAGAGGCUCACACACAGACACACGCACAAACACCGACACAGAUCUGCCGUAUAGCCUUUAACAGACUGUUGGGGAAGUGUUGUUAGCGAGCACCUAUGAAGACUGGCACGGCACACGAAGGGGUGGGUGGCCAACACCAUGCACGGCCGCCUUUGUCUCCCUAGUGGCGAUGUUUACCGCACCAGGUACUCAUUUGAGGCUGAGUCGACCUAGGGUAGGCCCAAGACCAGUUCAGAUAAUCGUCACUGGUGUUGGCCGUGAGCGGGAAUCAAACUUGGGUUGCCAGGCUCGUAGCGCAGCGUAACAAUAUACUACAGCUCCCACAACACACAGACGCACACAAACACAGACUUGCUCACACGCAGAGACUCGCACACAGACACACUCACUGGCACACCGAGACACACACACGGACACAAUGAUUGACACACAGACACAGACUCCCUCGUACACAGAGACCCAAACACCAGAGAAACACAGGAAAACUGCCCCUCGCAAACACACAACCCAUGUGGAGAAACACAACACUGACACAGAGAAACACAGAGAUGAGCGCAUGCACAGAGACGCAGAUAGCAAAGGGAACCUCACAGGGAACUCCGCUCAGCGUGUAUCAGUGGGUGCUUUAAUUUGUUGCCGGUUUUCUGGGAGUGUUACCCCCCCCCCCCGCUCACACCCCAGCCCCUCGCGUCCCAGCCAUCGGUUUUACAGGCGUCAACAAACACGGUGCUCGCAAACCGCACUUGGAAGAGACCAGCAGCGUCCAUAGGGGAACUUGGGAAAAGGCUUAAGAAGAUAUUCUAGAGUAGUGGUUCUUAACCUUUACCGUAGCCUUGCACCCCUUUGGUUCUCAAUCGUAAAACAAAAAUGUAUAAUGUUAAUAAAUACAUAGGUUUUGAUGAAACAAAGUAGUUGUACUUACGUUCCCACACUUAAUUUGUGUUUCGUUUAUUUACCUUCUAACAAAAAUAUGGCCAUGUCUCUUACAAAAACAUCUGGCACCCCCAGAAAGGGCUUUUCGCACCUCCAGUGGGUGCGUGCACCCCAGGUUAAGAACCACUGUUCUAGAGAUAAAGAUGGGGGGGCAGGGUGGGGGUCAGUGUCGACAUGAUGGGGAGUGUCCUGGAGGUAAAGGGGAUUUAAAGAUGGCUGCUAAAUCUCGUAACUCUACCGAUGCAGAAAUAAUACGGUGCUCGCAAAUCGGUUGGGGGGUGGGUGGG